CUCUUUGCUCUCUGGGAAGCCCUUACCGCAUAUAAAAGACCCAAAAUCACUUCCUGGAUUUCGGUGCUUCGAGAGGACGGGAAAAUAUGUAAUUUUGGGAAAAUAAAAUAAUUUCUAAGUUUUUGGAGUGAGGAGACGAUAGGAGCGGAAGGAUUGAACAAUCUCAUCGUCUUCUUUGAAGACGAAUUGAGGGAGAAGAGGAGAGGAAGACGAAGGCUCCGAAGCUUAAAAGGAACUCCUUUACUGACUUCUCGGCUUCGUUUCUUUUUCUUGUCCGUCGGAUUUGUGGAGGUGUAAAAAAAUCAGUUUUGAUUUCCGGCGAGGAGCGAGUGGAUGGUCAAGCGGCGAAAACACGGGAUUUGUGCUGAAUUCCAGCUUUAGGUUUUGGGUAUUGAUCCGGAUCUGAUACUGCGAGUAGAGAGGGAGAAGGAAGAGAGUGUGAUGUACGGAUCUCCAUCGGCGGCGACGACGAAAGGCCUAAACCUCCAGUUCACGACGGCGGCAGCGGCGUUCGGGCACCGAAAAGAGGACUCCGAUCUGCAGAGAGAGCAGGAGAUGAAUUCCGGUCUUCUCCGCUUCAGUUCGGCACCGACCACUCUCCUCGGCGAGGUCUGCGAGGAUUUCCAACCCGUGAGACCUUCCAGCCCUGAGAUGGAAUCCCUUUUCGCUCGCUUCCUCGCACAAAAUCAACGCGAAGAGAUACGCAGCAAGUCCACGGCGGGCAGCGGGCAGGGGCAAAGGAAUACUUUAUUUACGCCGGCGGCGGUGGAACAGAGCGAAGGUUUCUCCUCUAUGUCUUCUCAGAUGCUUUAUCACUCGCAGCAGCAGCAGCCCAUGGCCGAUAACGCUUACCGAGUGGUAAGCUCCAUGGCUAUGGAGACUGACCAGAUGAAACCCGGUGGCGCCAGCAGCGCGAAUCUAAUCCGGCAGAGUAGCUCCCCUGCUGGAUUCUUGUCUAACUUAAACGUUGACAGUGGGUAUGGUUUGCUUAGAGGGAUGUCUGCCAGCAGUAACAGGAAUGGCAUGGGGGCAGACUUUAAGGGCCAAAUUAACUUCUCCUCAAGGCAAAACUCACUGUCUCAGAUCUCUGAGAUGGGGAGCGAGGGAAUAUCCGGCGGCGGCGGCGGAAGCCCGGAGGAGAGCAGUAAUGGCCACUGUUUCAUUCCCGGCUACCCGGUUAACUCCUGGGAGGACUCCUUGCUCUCAGAUAACUUCUCUCCCAGAGAGAGCAAGAGAGCCAGAGAUGUUGUGGGACUAAAUCAAACAGAGCUUCAGAAUGGAGCUGGGCUCACUCACCAGUUCAGCUUGCCGAAGACGACUUCGGAGAUGGCGGCGAUUGAGAAGUUCCUCCAUUUUCAGGACUCUGUUCCCUGCAAGAUCCGUGCUAAGAGAGGCUGCGCUACUCAUCCCCGGAGCAUCGCAGAGAGGGUUAGGAGGACUAGAAUUAGCGAGAGGAUGAGGAAGUUGCAGGAGCUAGUGCCCAACAUGGAUAAGCAAACUAAUACUGCGGAUAUGCUCGAUUUAGCCGUUGACUACAUCAAAGAUCUCCAGAGACAGGUCAAGUCAAUAUCUGAUAUUAGGGCAAGCUGCACCUGCUCAGUUAGCAAACAGAAACCCUACCAGAAUCAGGCAAGCUGAGAUGUUUAUUGUACAGAGAAAAUUAUAAGAUAUCGAUAGUGAUAAAGUGGCAGUUGUAGGGAAAUGGAGAACCUUAGUCCCUCUUUGUUUUCCUUUGCUCCAAUGCCAAUUUUGGUAGAGGAGAAAAAAGUAUAGGUAUGUGAUUUUAGAUCUUAUACCUACUGAUAGUGUGCUCUACGUAAUCUUC